UGCAGACAACAGCGCCUUACGGAUUUUAAAAUAAUGAAAAUUUGGAUCACUGGUUGCCGUAAUAUAAUAUUAGUAGGAAUUUCCUUAUGUAUCGUGAAUCUGAUUGCAAGUGAAGAUUUACCUGAAGAACCAAAUGGUCCGAUUGAACCGAAAGAGGAGGUUGAAAGCGUUACACCUAGCAGCAGUAGUAAUGCUAAUGAUGUUAGUAUCAGUGCUCUUGAUGAGACAAAAUGUAUGAAAAGUCGGAACGGCUGCUGUGACGAACUUUUCAUAGGUGAUGAACAAAGUUUAAUGAAAUGCUUCGCACUACAUCAGAGUAAAAUGCCGAAAGAUAAUGAAAAUGAUCCAGCAAAAUUAAUGAAGUUCUUGUCGUGUUUUGUUGAAUGUCUAUAUAAGCAAAAGAAGUAUCUUGGAAAAGGCGAUAAUAUAAAUAUGAAAAUGGUUAAAUCUGAUGCCGAGAAGACAUAUGCAGAUCGUCCCAAAGAAAAAGAUUAUCACAUAGCCAUGUAUGAGUUCUGCCGAAAAGAUGCAAUAACAACGUAUGGUUUAAUCAAAAUGAAUCCUGCAGCAAAAUAUAUGUUAAAAGAUUCUUGCAAACCGUUUUUCAUGUUUGUAUUUAUAUGUAUUUCUGAUUAUCACAGAAAGCAGGAUUGUCCCUAUCAUCGGUGGGUAGGUAAAUCCAAGACACCUCAAGAAAAGGAAUGCUUGACAGCUAAAAACAAAUGCUAUGAAAUUGAUGGAAUAUCUAUAUAG